AUGAAAAAUAUACUAUUUUUAAUAGGUGAAUUUUUUUUUAUUAUAAUUACAACAAUAAAUACAGAAUAUGCUAAUUUAACAAAUUAUGUUAUUAUAAGUUGGAAUUGGAGAAAAUGGGAAGAUUUUGGAUAUUGUGAAAAGUAUAAAUGUCUCUUUACAAAAGAUAGAAAAUAUUUAAAAGAUGCUGAUGCAAUUUUUUUCAAUGAUUUUUAUAAUUCAAAAUUAAAAUACGGAACAAAGUUAAUUAAACGGCCAAAAAAUACAACAUUAUUUGUAAAUUCGAUAACAGAAAGUUAUAGACGAUUAAAUCACAAGAAAAAGUUAAAUAAAAUUAUUUAUCCAAAAAACUAUUUUAAUUUAACAUAUUCAUAUCUACCUAACGCAGAUAUUGAACUAGCUGUAAUAAAUAAAAAAUGGAAGUUAAAUAAUAUUACAAGAGAGGAAAUAAAUAAAAUUGACAAAAAAAUCAAUCUUAUUUUUAAUAAGAAAACAGAAAAAAUUAUUUGGCUUGUUUCAAAUUGCAAAACACCUUCCGGUAGAGAAAAUGCAAUAAAACAAUUAAAAAGGUAUAUUAAAAUAAAUCAAUUAGGAGAAUGUACAGGAAAACGAAUUAAAUUAACUCCUCAUGAAACUGAAGAACUAUUUAAUAAACAUUAUUUUUAUAUUGCCAGUGAAAACAGUGAUUGUAAAUAUUACCAAACCGAAAAAAUUUAUAGUCGAAUGCCAUAUACAUCUAUACCAAUUGUAAAUGUAAGAAAAUUGUAUGAAAAUAAUAUUCCAAAAGAUUCAUUUAUUGCAAUGGAUGAUUUUAAAUCUCCAAGAAAAUUAGUCAGAUAUUUGAAAUUUUUAAUUAAAAAUAAAUCCAAAUAUUUAAAAUUUUUUGAUUAUAGAAAAUUAGGUUGGCAAACAGAAGAAAUAUUGACAGGAAAAUGUCAUUUAUGUCAUGAUAUUGUUAAAUUUAUUCAAAGUAACAAGAAAAAAGUUUACUUUGAUAUAGAUGAUUGGUUAGAAAAAUCAACUUUUUGUUUACAUGAUAAUUAUGUUAUUAAUUUUUGGAAAUUGAAUCAAAGAAAAUUGAAUUUAGAAAAUAAAUUGUAA